AUGCUUGCAAGGAGGACGUCCGUGGCGGCGCGCCGCCGGCUGGCCCGCCAGCUGCAGCCUGUACACGGCCUGCGGAAGGUGGACAAUGGCGCACUGCAUGCGCUGCCCGCUGUGAGCCUCGCCUGGCGGCAAGAGCGUCCUUGGAUGCCACGCCUCGUCCUGCCCACCCGAGCGCUCUCGACGGCCGCCCGGACGCCAUCGUCUUCGCCCACCUUUCCAUCCGCACGCGUGGCGACGACAGCACACGGCGUCGUAGCGACCAGCGCCUUUGCGCCCAGCAGCGUUAUCUUCCACGAGACGGCCAUCGCAGCAUCCAGCUUUGGUGCCGCCCACCACCACUGCGACCACGACCACACAUGCGACCACGACCAUGUCCAUCUGCAUACGUGUGAUCACGACCACGACCAUAAUCACGAUUCAUGCCAUCACCACCACGACCAUGAAGAUUGCAGCCAUGCCCACGAUGCCCAUGCCCACUGCGACCAUGCCCAUGCUCACGAUCACGAUCCUUGUGACCACGACCACGACCACGGCCACGUCGAGACGCUCACCGAGGCCGAGCGCGGAACCGUGGCAAUGGCGGUCGCAGCGAACUUUGACGCGUACAUGGCCAUUUGCGCCGCGCACGAUAACGUCCUCGGGCGCCUCGACAUUGCCAAGAACCUCGUCAAAGUCUUGCACGCGAUCGCGUCCGACGCGUCUCUGCUACCCGAUCUGCUGCGUCUCUCGGUGCUUUCAGACCGCGUGCCGGCCUGCGUUGCGACCGCCGUCGCCCUCCGGUCGCACCUCCCACCUGCGAGCCUUCCGGCUACCGUCUCGGACUCGGAUCUCGCGCAUCUCCUCGGCGUGCUGCACAACCAUGCGCAGGCGCUCGACCGCAUCGACGGCAGUGGUGUCUUUCGGUACAUUCCGCGACUGCACCACGCGUGCAGGCCCAACGUCCACGUCGCCGCCGACGGUACGACGCUCCGCGCCACAGCGAUGUCACCGAUCGCCGUCGGUGACGCGCUCGCGUUCGACACGCUCGACAUGUACUACUGGACGCAUGCCGACCGGGUGGCGGCGCUCGUCGCCGAUGAGAUCGCUUGCAACUGCGACUGGUGCAUUGGCGCUGCGCCGGAUGCUGCGCGGGCGUACCGAUGCAAAGAUCCGUCGUGCAACGGUGUCGUGCUCCCGACGACUACGACACCGACGACGGCAACGUGUUCGUGCUGCAACCACGACUGGACGGUCGACGAUGUGGCCGCCAUGACGGUGCACGAAGAUGCGACGGCGGCGGCGCUGCAGCCCGCGACGACCUUGGCCGAAAUCGAGGCCAUCGUGGCGGCCUCGCCGCUGCAUAGCACCCACCGCGUAUGCUACGACGCACUCGCGCAGCUCUCGACCACCUUGCGCGACGACGACACCGAUGCAGAAAACGUCCGUCGGCAGCUACUGGCGUGCGUCGACGCAGUCGUCCCGUACGCACAUCCGACGACGAUCGAGCACUACGACGCCUUGGCCGCCGCGCUUGUCGUCCAGGGCAAGAUUGAGGACGCGACCGCAGCGUACGCAGCGGCGUUCGAGAUGGCGUGUUGCUGCUUUGGCGUCGACCACGAGACGACCCGCUUUUACAAGGCGCUGGCCGAGACGACACCGAGAACGCGCGCCGCUUGGGCGGAUAUGUAUGAUGUCGACGACGACACUGUCGUCGAGCGUCGCUAG